AUGCCCUCGGUCUAUACCCUAAACCAUGGCGAUGCCGAGAAAGAACGGCAUCGUCUUGACUUCCAACAUGGUGUCUUCAAAGCUAUCAUGCGCGAUGAUCUCCCUCCCGUCAUCUGGCAACACCUAAAGUCCCUCCCAGCCCCUAAAGUCGCAGACGCAGACACUGGCACCGGAAUCUUCCUCAAAGAGCUCGCGCCCAAGCUUGCCAAGGAGGCACAGCUGGAUGGCUUCGACAUUGACACAAGGAAAUUCUACGGCCCCGCUUCUUUGCCGGCAAUGUCAAGUUGCAGUACGCUGCUCUAUGCUGCUUUGAAGAAGGAUGAGUGGCUUCAGGCCGUCAAGAACUUAAAGACACUGCUCAAGCCGGAUGGGUAUCUGUUCUGGUCCGAGAUAGGAGCUUAUGGUUAUGCCAGUAACCCAUACUCGGCUACUUUCCACGAGUGGAAGAGUAUCGAGUCCGUAGCCGCCGUCAAGUAUCUCCGUACCGCUCUCCGUUACCACACCGAUAUCGGUGUAAUCACUGUUCUUGCCAAUGUCCUUGGUGGACUUCAGGUCUUGGAGCCCGGCAAGGCUACGACUGAUCCCGGUGCCUGGCAUUGGGUUCGCCCGCAGCCCCGCAAGUUGAUCAUCAACCUUGGAGAUGCUAUGGUGCAGUGGACUGGUGGAUUGCUCAGGAGUAACACGCAUCGUGUGACAUACUCGUCUGGAGAACAGCGUUUUGUGGAUCGAUAUAGCAUGGCGUAUUUCAUGAGGCCUGAGAAGAAUGCCAGCAUGAGAAGACUUAUUGGAGAAGGGGAUGAUGGUGAUGCUGCUGACUUGACGGCUGGGUAGUGGGAGAUCAAGAAGACCAUGGCAUUUGCUGUUGAUGAGAAGGAUGAUGUUUUAGUUAACAGGCAUAAGAGCAAGGAGAGCAAGCAAGUUUUCGCAGCCUG